GUCUCGUAACUGAGCUUGAAAUUGUUGGUGACGCUUUCAGAAAAGUGUUUGCAGAAUCUCUGCAGCCAGGACAAGAAUACAGGUUUGAUUUGACAGACCAACAGAUUCUUUUGUUUUAGCAAUCACUUGAAUCAAAUAUUAGAACGUGUUGCCAGCAACAUGUGCAGUUCAUACGAAUGAUCAACGUUUUCAAAUCACUCACAAGUGAGCUGUUUCUUCUGGUGUACUGUGCUACUGUUAGCCUCACGGCUAUAGAAAUUUUUCAGGUCGUAUCCACAAAACGGCUAGGCUUCUAUGAGGUUUUCGUAAUUCAAGAUUUUUGCGUAUUCUACGUGGAAUUUUUCUGCUUUUGUUGGUUGGCUACCAAGAUGAACGAAAUGAACUUCAGGAUUGCUGGCCUCAUCUACGAGCAGGAAUGGUACCGAGAAAUGCAGUACUCAGACAAUUUGCCCAAAAUGUACCGCUCCGUGAAGCAAUCUUUGCUAAUAGUCAUGAUCUUUGCCCAGCAAUCCCUUGGAAUCGCUGUCGGUGGAAUUUAUGAGCUAUCAAUGGAGCUUUUUAUGGAACUGUUGAACAAUUCGUAUUCUUUGCUGAUGUUUCUGAAGGAGAUAACGAAAUAAUUUAGCUGUGUUUGAUGGUAAGUAUUGGUUGGAAAAAUUAAACCAAAAAAUAGGAUAUAGAGGAGCACGGGGCAAGUAUGCGCACCUAACAAACAUCAAAUGAAUUCAUAACGUGUUGCUAGCUAAUAGCGUGGCUCACCGAAAUAUGAAAAAGACAAAAGUGUUUAAUUUCGAGCACCUCAACCGAAGUUUCCAAGCAAUAUGACUCCAGAAGCUAGCCUGAAAAUUUGAGCGCAGUAGGUUAAGGUUUAGUUGUUCAAGUUGUUUAGUAACUAAAUUUAAAUUUAAAUUUAUUUAAAUUAAAAUAAAUUUAAUUUAUUUAUUUUUUAACUUUUCUUCGACAAAGUUUUCCUAUACUCGAUGAAAUUUUCUUAUAUUAGAGAUUUCUUAAAGGUUUUGAUAAAAAUAAUUAUAUUAAAUUAUUAGCGUUUCAUAAUCAAUUCAGGUGGUGGAAGCACCUUGAACAGCUUAACCACUUGAGCUCAAAAUUUCAGGCUAGCUUCAGAGGCCAUUUUGCUUGAAAAUUCUGUUUACGGCGUUUGAAAUUAAACACUUUUGUCUGUUUCUUAUAACCGUGAGCCACGAUACUAGCUAUUUUCGUUAUGCCACUGUCGAAGUUGUAAAUUAAUAACUACGAUGCACAGUGGUCCAGAUCGCAAAAUAAGGUGGAAAAUGGAUUUUCCGUAAAAUGAUGAAGUUUUGG